AUGGAAGAGGAAAUACCCAUUACAGUUGAAACCAAAUAGAAGUAAUAGAAUAUUCCUUGGGUUGAAAAAUACAGACCUGAGAACUUAGAUAAUGUCAUUUCACAUGAGUAUAUUGUUGCAACAAUUAAGAAAUUUAUUGAAGAAGAUAAGAAGCUUCCUAAUUUAUUGUUUUAUGGACCUCCAGGAACAGGUAAGACCUCAUUAAUAGUAGCUUUAGCCAAAUAGUUGUAUGGAAAGAAUUAUAAAUAGCUUGUUUUAGAACUUAACGCUUCUGAUGAUAGAGGUAUUGACGUUGUUAGAGAACAAAUCAAAACUUUUGCAAGUACUGCCAAUUUCGGUAUGGUUGGAAAAGGAACUAAAUUAAUUAUUUUGGAUGAAGCAGACUCUAUGACAAAUCAAGCUCAGUUUGCUUUGAGAAGAAUUAUUGAAAAAUACAGCAGCAAUGCUAGAUUUUGCAUGAUAUGUAAUUACGUCUCAAAAAUUAUUCCUGCUCUCCAAUCAAGAUGCACAAGAUUUAAGUUCAAGCAUAUUCCUUAUUAAGAUGCUAAACUUAGAAUUGCAUAAAUUUGCAAUGCUGAAAAUUUAAAAUAUAAAAAUUCUGGUAUUGAAGCAGUAUUCAAGCUUUGCGAUGGAGAUAUGAGAAGAGUUGUAAAUAUGCUUCAAUCUCUUUCUUUAUAAGGAUAUGGAAGUGAUGAAUAAGUAGAAAUAACUGAUGAAUUAGUUUAUAAAUUUACAGGUAAUGCAACACCAAAAGACAUUGAAAAUAUUAUUAACACCAUGAAUAAUAAAUCCAUUUCAGAAUCAUAUGAAAUAAUAUAGAGUUACUAGGUAGAAAAAGGUAUCUCCUUAUAAGUUAUGUUGAAAGAAAUAAGUCUUUUUUUGAUGAAUACCUCAUAUCCUAGCUUAGCACUUGAAUUUUUAGUUAAAAGAUUGGCAGAUCUUGAAUAUAGAAUGUCAAUUAACUGUGAUGAAAAAGUUUAAACAUUAUCAUUAAUAAGUGCCUUCACAGAAGUUCGUUAGCUUUUAAGAAGACCUUGA